UCGAAUUUUCCUCCCCUCUCGGGCUCUCGGCCUCCCCUCCCCUCCUCUGCAGCGCAGCGCCGAACCCAACCACACGGCAGCGCGAGCUAAGCGAAGGAAGGCGAAGCCAAGCGAAGCGGAGCAAGGGUUUGCGAGGUUCUGCUCUUGAGCGCAGGAAGCCUGGCGACCUGCCAUGGACCUGGUGGGACCGUUGCUGGUGGCCAUGGCCAGCUUGCUUGACGCUCCCGGGCUCCAGUUCUUCGGCUGGCUCAUCACCGCGGGCUCCUUCGGCCUCGCGGCGCUCAUCUACGCGCUCCUCAGGCUGCAGCGCGAGGCGUCGCUGUACUGGAUCAAGGCGGCUGCCAGGGAGAAGCGGGCCGCCUGGAAGUCGCUGCGGUGCCCGAGCUCCAGCCACACGUGGUCCGAGGACUACUUCAGUGGCGGGCAGCCGUCGACGUGCUGCGUGUGCCUGUCGUCCCUCGGCUCUGCACAGGGCGUGGUGGGCUCCAGGGCCGCCGAGGCAGACGUGGUCCACCGCUGCUCUGUUUGCGGGGUGGCGGCGCACUCCUACUGCUCGAGGGGCGCCGAGAAGGACUGCAAGUGCGUCGCGCAGGCUGGUGUGUCGCCUUUGCUGCAUCACUGGUCGGAGAGGUGGGUUGAGCUGGACGACAACCCGGAGAUAUCUUCCUUCUGUUACUACUGUGAUGAGCCGUGUGGUGUGCCGUUCCUUGGCGUCUCUCCCAUAUGGCGCUGCCUGUGGUGCCAGCGGCAGAUCCAUGUUGAUUGCCAUGCGAAGCUGUUGAAGGAAACCGGGAACACUUGUGAUCUUGGCCUUCUCAGGAGGCUUAUUGUUCCUCCCCAGUCGGUGAAAGAGAUUAGCGAAGGUCCAGCAAUCAGUGGAAUGUUGAACUCAAUCAAGGAGGGGUUUUCAUCACGUAGGAGUCGGGACAGGAGGCCACGCAGCAAGAAACGCAUGAAUAACCAUCCUGGUGGCAAGACGAAUCCGACUCCCACAAACAGCUCAAUACUUGAUUCAGUACUUGAAGGAUUUGCUAGAUUGCAGGGCCUGGAUGGAAAGUAUGCACUGGCCAAGCCUAACUUAUCUGAAAAUUCUCUCAAGCAAACAUUUGGAUCUGGUAUUCCUAAUGGAGGAAAAAGAAAAUAUGAACUUGUUGAUUUACCACAAGAUUCAAGACCCCUGCUGGUUUUCAUCAAUGGCAAGAGCGGAGGCCGCAAUGGGCCUUCUCUUAGAAGAAGACUGAACAUGUUGUUGAAUCCUGUACAGAUAUUCGAGCUAAGCGCUUCUCAGGGACCUGAUGUUGGAUUGCAGCUAUUCCAGAAUGUAAAACAUUUCAGAAUCCUUGUUUGUGGUGGGGAUGGAACUGUAGCUUGGGUUCUUGAUGCCAUUGAAAAGCAGAACUACGAAUCUCCUCCCCCUGUUGCCAUUCUUCCUUUGGGAACAGGAAAUGACCUAUCGCGUGUUAUGCGAUGGGGUGGAGGUUUAUCUUCUGUUGAACGACAAGGAGGAAUAUGUGCACUUUUAAAUGAUGUUGACCAAUCAGCUGUUACAGUGCUUGAUCGCUGGAAUGUAGCCAUCAAAGAGAAGAAUGGAACAGAAGGUCAAUGCACCAAGCAAGUAAAAUUUAUGACUAAUUAUUUAGGUAUCGGAUGUGAUGCAAAGGUUGCUUAUGACUUCCACACCACUAGGGAGGAAAAACCAGAUCAAUUUUGCAGCCAGUUUGUCAACAAGCUGAUAUAUGCUAGAGAAGGUGCUAAGGAUAUGAUGGAUAGGUCGUGUUCUGAUUUACCAUGGCACGUUAGCCUUGAAGUUGAUGGAAAGAACAUUGAAAUUCCGGAGGAUGCAGAAGGUGUGAUUGUUAUGAAUAUCCCUAGCUACAUGGGGGGUGUUGAUCUUUGGCAAAACGACAAUGACCAUGAUGAUGAUUUCAGUUUGCAAUCAAUCCAUGACAAAAUGCUUGAGGUGGUCUGUAUAUCAGGGACCUGGCAUCUAGGCAAACUGCAGGUCGGACUUUCAAGGGCACACCGGUUGGCCCAAGGAAAAGUUAUAAGAUUGCACCUCCACAGUUCAUUCCCUGUUCAGGUUGAUGGUGAACCAUGGAUCCAGCCACCUGGCUGCCUUGAGAUUUCUCAUCGUGGACAGAUGUUCAUGCUGAGAAGGACAUCUGAAGAGCCCACUGGGCAUGCUGCAGCAAUCAUGAGUGAGGUCCUCGUGAAUGCUGAGUGCAAUGGUGUGAUCGACGCAGCUCAGAAGAGAUUGCUCCUCCACGAGAUUGCACUCCGUUUAUCCUCCUGACACACUGUCUGCUCCUCCAUCUGACAAAAGCUAACGCCAUGUUGGCCAUGUUGUAUCGGCUGAUACCAAGCACCACCCCUCUGUCGAGUAAUCGCUUCCGUUGCACAGACACAAAGCACAAACUGUAGAGUUCAUGUAUACAAUACAAAGAGGUAACAGAAGAUUUCAUGCGUUCGCAUUUGGUUGUACCUUUUAAGAUAGGUCCUUCGCUUCUUUAUGGCUGGGCUCAUCUGAGCAGAUUCGAAAGUGGCUGUCAAGUUGAGAGUAUGCCAGUCCAUACAAAGAGUUUUGUAGUGCAUAGAACAUUUGUAACUACAAAUAGGGCUCAAUGAGCAGUGUAACUAGAACAUCAGUGUUUCUUUCUUGGCAAAGAUAUAGAGAUACAAGACUUCUCUGAGAAGAUCUGUAAUUUUGCUACUUCUGACUAGUGAUAUUGUGGUGCUGCCGUGGAGCAGUUCCUUAUUA